AUGUUUAAGCAAAAUCUACCACGUUCCCUCGUUUCUAACUAUUCCUGCCAAACUUCUGUGUAUCUUUCCAUGCACCUCCCCAAAGGACCCCACCCUCCAAAACACCCACACACUAUCACCUCUUCCCGGCCUGUUAUUGGUUUAUUUAUGCCUGUGGCUAUUUUAUAUAUAUAUAUAUCUGUCUCUCUCUUUCUUUCUCUCACUAUCCGAUCUCUGUCUCUUUCUCUCUCUCUCUCUCUCUCUCUCUCUCUCUCUCUGUAUCUAUUUCUAUUUGACUACCUAUCUAUCAAGUUUAUUCAUCUCUCAUUCUCUGUUUUCUAUCUAUAUGUCUUUCUCUCUAUCUACCUAUCUGUCUGUCUUUCUAUCUCAGUCUCUGGCUUUCUUUCUCAGUCUAUCUAUCUAUCUAUCUAUCUAUCAGUCUAUCUAUCAGUCUAUUUCAAUCUGCGCAUACCGAUUACGGUUUGUUCAUAUCUAUCUAUCCGUAUAUUUAUCUAUGAAGACCUAUCUAUGUAUAUAUCAAUCAAGACCCAGUUUGUCUAUCUCAGUUUGUUCAUAUCUAUCUACCUAUCUAUCUCAUAUGCAUUUUUCUUUCCUUCUUUCUUUUUUAAAUUUCAAAAUAUUUUUUAUCGUUCUUUCUUUUUUAAAUUAGAAAGCAUGUAUUUUUCUUUCCUUCUUUCAUUUUUUUCACAUUAUACAGCACUCAUUUUUCUUUCCCGUUUCCUUUUUUUAAAUUUCACAGAUUUUCUUUUUCUUUCGUUCUUGCCUUUUUUUAAUUAUACAGCAUGUAUUUUUCUUUCCUUUUUUCUUUUUUUUAAAUUACACACUUCUUAUUUUUCUUUCCUGUAUUUUUCCUUCUUUCUUUCAUUUUUUAAUAUUGAACAAUAUGUAUUUUUCAUUCCUUCUUUCUUUUUUGUACAUUACACAAUAUCUAUUUUUUCUUUCUUUCAUUUUUACAAUUACGCAAUAUGCAUUUUUAUUUCAUUCUUUCUUUUUUUUAAAUAA